AUGGCAGAGGCUACCCUUCACAAUGUACCCAUUGUCAUUGACAAUGGGAGUGGAACCAUCCGAGCCGGAUUUGCGGGCGAGGAAAUCCCCUCAUGCUAUUUUCCGUCAUUCGUUGGCCGGCCCAAACACCCACGGGUUAUGGCCGGUGGAUUAGAGGGAGAUUCAUUCAUCGGCCAGCGCGCGCAGGACCUGCGCGGUCUUUUGAAGAUUCGAUAUCCACUUGAGCAUGGCAUCGUCACAAAUUGGGAGGACAUGGAAUCUAUAUGGCACUAUGUCUACGAGAACGAGCUGAAAACACUCCCUGAAGAGCACCCCGUGCUUCUGACCGAACCGCCCCUGAAUCCUCGCGCCAACCGUGAUAUGGCCGCCCAGCUCAUGUUCGAGGCAUUUAAUGUGCCCGCACUGUACAUGUCCAUUCAAGCGGUACUGUCCCUAUACGCGUCGGGGCGCACAACGGGUGUUGUUCUCGAUUCCGGAGACGGUGUCUCCCACGCGGUUCCCGUGUUUGAGGGAUUCGCGAUCCCAAACAGUAUUCGAAGAAUCGACGUGGCAGGUCGUGACGUUACCGAGCAAAUGCAAUUGCUUCUUCGCAAAGCGGGUCAUGUGCUACACACCAGUGCCGAAAAGGAGGUGGUGCGAAUGAUCAAGGAGAAAGUGUGCUACGUGUCUCUUGACCCCAAAAGGGAAGAGAAGGAGUGGAUGAACAGUUAUCACAAGUCUGAUGCCAAGGGGAUUGAUUACACGUUACCUGACGGACACAAGAUUAAGAUUGGCCAAGAACGAUACCGCGCCCCCGAAAUUCUCUUCGACCCUGAAUUGAUCGGCCUCGAAUACCCCGGUGUGCACCAGAUUGUCCAGGAUGCCAUCACUCGCACUGAUCUCGAUCUUCGCAAAUCAUUAUACCUGAACAUCGUUCUCUCCGGUGGCUCCACAUUAUGCAAGAACUUCCCCGAUCGUUUGAUGCGUGAGAUCAAGAGACUUGCUGUAGAGGAUAUGAAGAUCCGAAUCUCCGCGCCAGCAGAGCGCAAGUACACGACAUGGAUCGGUGGAAGCAUUCUCGCCGGUCUGAGCACAUUCCGAAAGAUGUGGGUGAGUGCGGACGAGUGGCAUGAAGAUCCCGAAAUUAUCUUUAAGCGAUUCGCAUAA